GGACGAGCCCACUGCCAUCGCUUUUCGCCUGACGGUGUGGAGAUACGGUCAUCCGGUCUGCAGUUCGACCUACACCAUCUUUUCUAAGACAAACAUCUAGCUCCACUGGGAUUCGACGUCCGCACCCACCGGCACCAUGGCACACCUACAACCGCGCCAGGUCUUCACCCAGCUUGACGGCAGCUACUACCCCUUCAAGGGCUACCCCAACUAUGACCAGAUGGCGCCCUGCAUGAAGGACUGCGAGCAAGGCUUGGGUUCCUGGAACGGCUGCGACAAGUCCCCGUGCUGGUGCAAGAAGGGCAAUCUUGACCUGCGCAUGUCCCAGGUCGGCCGCUGCGCAUCCGAGGCAUGCACAUUCGCCAACAUGAAUACCCAGACGGAUAUGGAUUACUUGUCCUCUGUGCAGGUCCAGUAUUGUAUAGACAAGGGACAUAGUCCUGAAGGAAUGACGCUUCCUUCGACCGCAGAAGCGUCGCCGACGGAUUCCUCGCAGACGGGUCCUAUGACUCAGACGGGGACCAGGACAGGGAGCUCGACGUCGGAGACGGGAGCGAGGACGAGGAACACGUUGACUUCGGGACCGCAGUCUACGGGCCCCUCCUCCGCCGACGGCGUCCCCGUCUCCACCGGCGGCCUCUCCACCGGAGCAAAAGCCGGCAUCGGCAUCGGCCUCGCCUUCUGCGUCCUUCUCGCCAUCCUCAUCGGCGUCCUCGUCUUUCGUCGCCGGAAAUCCCCUCAACAGCUACCACCACCACCACCGCCACCCCAGUACUAUCCUCCGAACGGCGCGCCAGGGCACCCACCGAUGAACAUGCCUCCGCCGGGUAUGGGCCCCGGCCAUUCCGCAACUCCCUAUUCAGGUACGGGACCCUAUGCGCCUCCCCCACUGCAGCAGCCCACGCCCAUCCAUCCACCGAAGCAAGGUGCAGCGUAUCAGGCAGGCGACGUCAGUCCGAUUGAGGAGAAAGCCGCACUCGCCGCGCCCGUGACGAGGAAGGAAGUAGGCAAAACGCCAGGCGUUUCCGCGCCAUCUAGCCCGUCGCCCGUGUCUGCUGUACCAGCAGCGGCCGUGAGCAACGCGAGUGAUGCCACUGAUGGAAGCGCGAAUCGCGGUGUUGAAGUACCUGGCAGUGUGCCCCCACCCAGACACGAGGUCCCCACUGAUGGCGAGAUUACGAAUAGCGUCAGUGCUAGGGGCCAGGAACUCGAUGGCGCGGUCGUGAGUGGGCAGCAGUAUACGGGGGCGUAUCCCUUCCAGCAGCAGGAGUAUCCGGGGCAGCAGCAGUAUCCUGGGCAAGCUCAGGGUCAGGGCCAGGGACAGUGGGCAUACAAUUAUCCCACGCAACAGCAGCAACAGCAGCAACAGCAGAUGCCGGCGCAUGAGGUUGAUGGGAAUGUGGUCCCACAGGGAGGGCAACGGCAGGAGUUGAGUGGGAAUGGGUGGGGGUAUGCUGGUGGGCCGCCGCCGAUGACAUAUGAGCUGGGCCCUGGGCGAUAGUAGGUUUGUGAGAAAGCAGAAGAGGCUUGGAUAUAUAUAUUCUCCGUCGUUCCGUCGCUCUCCUCACUCCUCGUUUUUACUUUUGUGUAUGAUGGGGAUGAUUUGUGGCAGGUAUUUUGCUUCGAGAUACUCGCAUGUCUUUGAAUUGAGAAUGUACAUAGCUAUAACGACAAUACCCACAGAG